UUGAAAAUAGUGUUUCCAUGUCUAUAUAAGCUUUGCUCACACUCUUGGUCCUUCACACCACAGUUUCAAAGCCCUUCUAAAACGCCUUACUCUGUAUCUUCUUUCAUCAUCCAAAAAAAACCAUUCACACAAAGAAAACCUUUGGGUUUCCCAAGAUGUCAUCAUCGGAACUCUCUUCUUUCUUUCUCCUGCCCCUAUCAGCCAUACUCAGUUUCGAUGCUUUGCUCGGAGUUAUGUUUCUAGUGGCCGUGUUCGGCUACUGGCUGGUUCCCGGUGGUCUUGCUUGGGCUUUGUCCAAAUUCAAGCCUGCGAUUCCCGGGCCUUGCGGUUACCCGGUGGUGGGCCUGGUUUGGGCUUUCAUAGGGCCUCUUACUCACAGGGUCCUUGCAAAGUUGGCUGAAACCUUCGAUGCAAAGCCCCUGAUGGCAUUCUCGGUAGGGUUUACUCGCUUUAUCAUCUCUUCUCACCCCGACACUGCCAAAGAGAUCUUGAACAGUUCUGCUUUUGCGGAUCGUCCUGUUAAGGAAUCCGCUUAUGAGCUUCUCUUUCACCGCGCAAUGGGGUUCGCACCCUACGGUGAGUACUGGAGGAAUCUGAGGAGGAUUUCAGCGACUCACAUGUUCUCUCCGAAGAGAAUUGCGGCCCAAGGAGUGUUCCGGGCCCGGGUUGGGGCCCAAAUGGUGAGAGAAAUCGUGGGCCUGAUGGGGAAGAAUGAUGUCGUGGAGGUGAGAAAGGUGUUGCAUUUUGGAUCGUUGAAUAACGUGAUGAAGAGUGUGUUUGGGAGGAGCUAUGUGUUUGGUGAGGGGGGUGAUGGGUGUGAGCUUGAGGAGUUGGUGAGUGAGGGGUAUGAUUUGCUUGGGCUGUUUAACUGGAGUGACCACUUUCCUCUCUUGGGUUGGUUGGAUUUUCAAGGAGUGAGGAAGAGGUGCAGGAGUCUGGUGGAUAGAGUGAAUGUUUUUGUUGGGAAAAUCAUUAUGGAGCAUAGAGUGAAGAGGGAUGCUGAAAGUGAGGAUAAUAAGGCCAGAGAUAUUGAUAACUCAGGUGGUGACUUUGUUGAUGUGCUGUUGGAUUUGGAGAAAGAGGAUAGGCUAAACCACUCUGAUAUGGUUGCUGUUUUGUGGGAAAUGAUAUUUAGGGGGACUGAUACAGUGGCAAUUCUUCUAGAGUGGAUUCUAGCAAGGAUGGUACUGCAUCCAGAAAUACAAGCAAAGGCUCAGUGUGAAAUAGACUCUGUGGUUGGGUCUGGGUGCAGUGUGACUGAUGAUGACCUUCCUAACCUCCCUUACGUGCGAGCUAUAGUGAAGGAAACCCUUAGGAUGCACCCACCGGGCCCUCUUCUUUCAUGGGCCAGGCUUUCCAUUCACGAGACACAAAUUGGCAACCACUUUGUUCCAGCUGGCACAACUGCUAUGGUCAACUUGUGGGCCAUCACUCAUGACCAACAAGUGUGGUCCGAGCCAGAACAAUUCAAGCCCGAGCGGUUUCUGAAGGACGAGGACGUGCCAAUCAUGGGGUCUGAUCUUAGGUUGGCACCUUUUGGCGCUGGUAGGAGAGUGUGCCCUGGAAAAGCCAUGGGCUUGGCCACUGUUGAGCUUUGGCUUGCUGUGUUCCUUCAAAAGUUCAAAUGGAUGCCUUGUGAUGAUUCUGGUGUGGACUUGUCUGAGUGCUUGAAGCUCUCCAUGGAGAUGAAACACUCCCUCAUCACCAAAGCUGUUGCAAGGCCUACAUCUUCUCUUGCAAUGUAAUGGGUUGGAGUAUCCCAUCAUUUUACUCCCCUUAAUAAUAAUAUUUCUUUCCUUUUAAAAA